GAAAACUCUGACUCAGAGGGGUCGUCACUGAAUUAGUAAAUGCCAUAAUAGGAUUCACUCAGAUCUCCUGACUCCAAGACCUGAGCUCAUCCCAACCAUUUAAGCUGAUAUAUUCUUCUGGUUCCUUGAAUAUUUUUUAAACUUUUUUUCCAGAAACUUUUAUCUUGUAUAACUUUUUGCCCCUACAUGUUCUUAUACUGUAUGUAUGUCCACAUUUUAAAUAGAAACAUAGUCUUUUUUUUUUAAUUUUAAAAGUCUAACCAAAAGGAAAAACUUGGCAUCUUCUUUCUCAUUGUGAUCAAGGGUGGCUUUUUCAUUUCCACGUGAUGAAUUUAUUAUUCAUCUGGCAUCUUCCUAUUACACUUUGUCUACAGCCCUGUGAAAUUUCUUUUCAGCUUCCAUCAAAGGAUUCAAUUCACAAGAAAUGAGGUGUGUCUAAGGUUUUACCUGGAAGCAAAAAUGAUGCAAGUCUUUCAGGUGAGACCAACCCAAGGUUUUAGGGUGGAGAAUCACAUAACAGCUGCAUGUGUACACUCCAAGAGAACGGAGCAGACACACCGCUGAGAUCCAGCUUCUCCAAGUUUCCAUUUCAAAAAGUUCAGUAGACUAGGACCAAAACAGCCGCUCACUGGGAUUUGUUUGCGGGAGAAAUCAGAAGCCAUGGGCUGGCUUGCUUUAAGAACUGCGGGAGCUCUGGUCAUUUUAAUGGUGGUAGUGGAGGUCAGCAGUGAAUUCUGGGUAGAGGUGAAAGAACAAAAUGAAGAAGAUGGCACAGCAUUGCAGAAGCCCCUCAGAAGGUAUAAACGUGAAUGGGUCAAAUUUGCAAGACCUUGUCGAGAAAGAGAAGACAAUUCAAAGAGGAAUCCGAUUGCUACUAUUAGUUCAGAUUUUCAAAAAACCCAGAGAAUUACGUAUCAUAUCUCUGGAGUGGGAAUUGAUCAGCCCCCUUACGGUAUCUUCGUUGUUAACCCCACAACUGGUGAAAUUAAUAUAACAGCAAUCGUUGAUCGUGAGGAAACCCCAAUGUUCCAGAUCAACUGCCAGGCUCUGGAUGAAAUGGGAAGAAAUGUAGAGACACCUCUUGUGCUUACAGUCAAAAUUUUAGAUGUCAAUGACAAUGCUCCAGUAUUCUCACAAAGUGUAUUCUAUGGUGAAAUUGAAGAAAACAGUGCUGCAAAUACACUGGUGAUGGUGUUAAAUGCGACAGAUGCUGAUGAACCAAAUCAUCUAAAUUCUAAAAUUGCCUUCAAAAUAGUCUCUCAAGAGCCUGCGGGGCAACCCAUGUUCCUCCUAAAUAGACACACUGGAGAAGUGCGUUCAAUGACCAGUACUCUUGAUAGAGAGAAAUACAGCAAGUAUAGCCUGCGUGUAAGUGGUGCAGAUCUUGAUGGAGCUGGACAGGCAACUGAAUGUGGGUGUCAAAUUACAAUUAAAGAUGUCAAUGAUAAUUUCCCAAUUUUUAAAGAAUCACAGCAUUUAAUAAAGAUUGAAGAAAAUACUCUCAGUUCCGAAGUCAUUCGGUUUCAAGUAACAGAUCUCGAUGAAGAGUUCACAGAUAAUUGGUUUGCAGAAUAUUCCUUUACCUCUGGAAAUGAAGGAAAUUGGUUUGUAAUAGAAACGGAUACAAAAACCAAUGAAGGAAUCCUGAAAGUGGUUAAGGCUCUGGACUAUGAACAAUUUCAAACUAUGCAACUUGCUAUAACUGUUAAAAACAAAGCUCCAUUUCACCACUCAGUUAUCUCUCAAUAUAGAAUUCAGUCAAUUCCCAUCACAGUUCAGGUUAUAAAUGUAAAAGAAGGGAUUGCAUUCCAUCCUACUUCAAAGACUUUUACAGUACAGAAAGGCAUAAGUUACAAAAAAUUAAUCAAUUAUGUUCUUGGAACAUACCCAGCCAUUGAUGAAGAUACUAGCAAACCUGCAUCAUUUGUCAGAUAUGCAAUGGGACGUAACGAUGGCAGUUAUUUAGUCAUUGAUUCAAAAACUGCUCAGAUUAAAUUUGUUAAAAACCUUGAUCGAGAUUCAACGUUCAUAGUCAAUAAAACAUUAACAGCUGAGAUUCUGGCAAUAGAUGAUAACACAGGGAAGACAUCAACAGGCACCAUAACUGUUAGAGUGCCUGAUUUCAAUGAAAAUUGUCCUACAGUUUUCACUGACAAGCAAACAGUUUGUCGUACAUCUGCAUCAGUUAUUGUCACAGCUAGGCCUCUGCCAAACCAGCCAGACACUAGACCCUUCACAUUUUCCCUAGUCGAACAGCCUCAGGAAACCCCAGCCACGUGGAGCAUUACAACAAUAAAUGAUACCUCUGCAAAUCUGAGAGCCCAGAAAGCACUAUCUUCUGGAACACAUCCACUUUCUCUCAUAGUUACAGACAGGGAAGGUAUAAGUUGUGAAAUACCAGAGACUCUGGAAUUACGAGCCUGUGACUGUGAUGAGAACCAAGCGUGUUUUAAUAGGGUUCCCUCCCCGAGUGUCAAACCUGAUGACACUAACAGGCAGACAGGGACACCAUCAGUACGCCUUGGUCCUGCUGGCAUUGGUCUGCUCCUUCUUGGCCUGUUGAUGUUGCUGUUGGCCCCCCUUCUGCUACUAUUUUGUGACUGUGGAGCAGGAGGUCUGGGUGGGGUUGGAUCUGGAUUUGUUCCUGUGCCAGAUGGGUCAGAAGGAACAAUUCACCAAUGGGGAAUAGAAGGUGCCCAGCCACAAGAUAAGGAAAUCACAAAUAUUUGUGUGCCUCCAAUAACAGCCAAUGGAACUGAAUUCAUGGAAAAUUCUGAAGUUUGCACAAAUGCCUAUGCAGCAGAGACGGUCGUAGAAGGAACUUCCGGCAUAGAAUUAACGACCAGACUUAGAGCAGCUUCAGGGUCAGGAGGAACCACAGGCCUGGGAGGGGCUGGGUACUCAGGAACAAUGAGGACAAGACAUUCCACUGGAGGCACCAUUAAGGAAUAUCCUGAAGGAGCCAUCAAUAUGACUUUCCUGGACACCUAUUUCUCUCAGAAAGCAUUUGCCUGCUCAGAGGAAGAUGAUAGUCAAGGAAUAAGUGACUGCCUCUUAAUCUAUGAUGAUGAAGGAGUAGAACCUCCUAGUUCUCCCGUAGGCUGUUGUAGUUUUAUUGCAGAUGAUUUUGAUGACAGCUUCUUGGAUUCCUUAGGGCCAAAAUUUAAGAAGCUGGCAGAUAUAAGCAUGGGUAUCGACGAUGAAACCAAACUCUCUCAGGUACCUGGGAAAACAAACAUUAGUAUAGCUGAAAUACCUGGAUCACUGUCAGCAUCUGCUAUGUCCACCAAUGCUACCUGUCAGUCUACGACCAAUGCUACCUAUCAGCCUAUCACCAAUGUUAGCUGUCAGUCUACUACCAAUGUUACCUGUCAGCCUACGACCAAUGUUACCUGUCAGCCUACCACCAAUGUUACCUGUCAACUUGCUACAGGAUCAACUUUCUAUAGCAAUGAAACUUCGACUCUCUCUGCUUCUGGGUCUAUCUUGCAGCCUGCAAUUCCAAUACCUGAUCCUUUGCUCCAGGGCAAUUUCUUGGUGACUGAGUCUUAUACUGCUUCUAGUUCAUUCCUUCAGCCUUCCAGUGUAGUCUUUGAUCCUCGGCUCACAGAAAAUGUGACAGUGACAGAGAGAGUGAUUUGCCCCAUUUCAAGUGUUUCUGGCAUUCAAGGCACCUUACAUGGUUCUACUCAGUUGGCAGGGUCAUGUAAUGUGACCUGCACAGAGGAUCCAUGUUCUCGCCUGAUAUAACCAAAAUUAAUUGGAACGGAAUAAUGACAAAACUUGGCCAUUUUGUCCUAUUACAUAGCCCAAAGACAUUAUUGGCUGUUUUUAUCCAAUGACUAGGAUUAUGACCCAAAUUCUUAAACUCAGACAAUAAUAUGUUGUUGUGGUUGAUAUAAAAACAAUACUCGAAUUAUGCGGAUUCUGACAUCAAAAAGAAACCUAGUAACAUUUUCACCAAGCAAAACUGUGUGAAGAAGUUUUGAAUCAUUCUCUUUUUGUAAUGCCAAUAAGGACAACAUAGCAUAGUACAUAGAGGAACAAUCACAGAGUCAGGAAUACCUGGGUUCCAGUUCUGUCUCUGACAUGUACUGGCUCUAUGAUCAUGGAUAAGUCCGUUUAGUUCAUAGUCACCCGUACUACUCUCUAAGACAUUAAGUUACAAACAAGUUGCUCAUAUGUGUUGGUGGAGGGAGUUUCUAGACCAGGCUUUCCUUAACCUAACAAAAUUAGAGGUCCUAACAAAAAAAAAAUGAUGAAGACAAAAUUAGUAGAUUCAUAUUUCCAAAGCAAUGUUUUUUUGGAAGAGAGUUCAGCCCCAACUUUCAAGACAGGAAAAAUGGGAUUUCUUCUUGACUGUCACCCUUUUUUAUGCCUUACUAUAUUGUAGGCAUCAAAAGCUGUCUUCAGAAGCACUUUGAGCUGCUAGAAGAGAAAAAUAAUAGUAUAUGUUCAAUGUAGUCUGUCUCAUCUCUGGUGUUGGGAGACAUUUGUGCAAAAUAGAUAUAUGAAACCACCGUUGUUAAGCAUUGAGCUUUUGUUAGAUCUCCCAUACUUAUCAGAAAAUAAGCAAAUUGUAUACUAAGGACAUGCUGAAAUAUUUAAGAAAUAUUAGAAGUGUGUAAGCAAACUGUUGUUGAUUUGUGAGCAAUAGCUAAUAUAUUCUAUCACCUUGAAAGAACCCAAAGGUUCCAUUCUAUAUUUGACAUUUAUGGCUUCAAGUACUUCUCAUAGUGAGAGGUAAGUAUGGUAAUAAGUCUUUGGAAAAGGGCUCCAUUUUUUAAAAAGUGUUAGUGGAAAGAUGUCAUCUGUUUAGGUGGUUGGCACAUAAUGGGGAUGACAUGAGUAUUCUCAUAGUAGGUGGCCCCUGAUUAUGAUAGACAUAUUCAUUGGCAUCCUAAACAGCCUUUCAGGAAAACUUAUCACCAGAUCACUUUCUGAUAAAUCACAUGGAUGUGGCAAGGCAUCAACAAGGAUCACUUUUUAAAUGCUAGUAGCACUAGCUCUACAGCUAUGAUAAAUGCAGCAAUUGUGUGCCCUGCCAGAGGUGGGUGAGUUGAGCUUUGAAAGGUUAGAGCAUAUUGCCAUGAAGUUGAAUAUUGUUCUCUUAGUUUUUCAAGCCUUCCCACUCAUUCAAGAAAUUCAACCUUUAGAUUAUAGAGACUGGCAUAGCCCACCCUUUUUAUGCAUAUUCUUACCUUAUUUGAGACCCUAAAAGCUCCAUAACUUCUCGUUUUUCAUAAAAUGUAUAUUUGCUUUACUCCUCAGUUUCUAGACAUAGUCCAGCAGAUAUUUUGUUACUUCCUUCAGAUUCAAUGGAAAGUAACAGAAAUUGAGAACUGCUUAUUAUGGAAUUACAGAAUUGUUCUCUGUAGGAGAGCACCAACUCUACAAUUAACACAGGUGAAUGGACACCUUGCAGUUCUCUCUCCUGUGGCCCUUAAUAAAUGUUUGAAUGUUGAAUAAGUGAAAGACAUUCAGUGCAACUCGAUAAGUAUUUACUGAAUGUCUUCUCCAGCAUCAUAUCUGCCCUACUCUUUCAUCAAAGAGGUAGAAGUGGUUUACCUUGAAGCAGAAGAGGGCCACUACGGAUAUAACAGCAGUAGUAAAGAGAAAGCUGACAUAGCACUGCCAUUGGGAAGACUGUCAAAAAGAAACUGGGCCUAGGGAACACACAGCUUUGACAUUAUGUAUAUAAAAGUGCACCAUUUUUCGUCAGUGGCCAAAGCGUCUAUCUAUGCACCUUUGGGGUAGUUUUACCUCCUUCCUAAUCCUAGAAUAUCAGACUUCUUAUGUAGUAAGAAUGUGUUUUAUUACAUUAACAAGAAACAGAAAAAAAAACAAUAGGAAUUUGUAUAGCAUAAUGGAAAGAGUACUGGAUUAGGAACCCAAAGAUGUAGAUCAUAGUCCUACUCUAUCAUUCACUGGCUGUAUGACUUACCACAUCUCCUUUUGCCUCAGUUUCUCUAUCAGCAAAUUAGGUGGUUGGACUAGAUGAUCUAUAGGUCCUUUCUGAUUCCAUAGCUUUAUGAAUACUUGGGGGGAAAGGUUUCUGUUUGCUGUGGGGAGUGGAAUUUUGUUUAAAUAAGAUGUUUAUAUAAGUGAAAAAUUAAGAUGAAUUAUGUUUUAGGUUGAAAAAGUGCUGUUCUUUGAGUUUCCAUGUUGAAUUAAAUUCAACACUAAGAUGUUUCUUAUUUUGGUACUUUUUUUCACCAAAGUAAAAUUUGAGGUAAAGAAAACAAGAAAAAAAUUUAAUAUUUUUAUUUGUAUGUAUUAUUAA